AUGUACCAGGUGGAAAUUCCUCAGGGCCAACAUUCUGGGCAUAAUGAAUUAACCAUUGCAGCUAAUGGAGUUUUCCUUUUCUUUUUCUUUUUCUUUCCACAACAUUUAGAGGUUUACUACAUCAAACAUGUUAGCCACUACUUAACUACAAUGCCUUGUAUAACCAAAGAGAAAUCUGUUCCAGCCAACAGAGUAGAAAUGGUAUCUAGCUCUGUAGUCAUGUAUUUGAAUUGUUUAUUUAAUUUUUCAGACAGUGGUGAUAUUGUUGAUCAGAAGCUUAAGCUGAUUUUGGGUCUAAUAUGGACUCUUAUUCUUCACUAUUCCAUCUCGAUGCCUAUGUGGGAAGGGGAAGAACCAGCACCAGGUGCUGGAGGUCCCACUCCUAAACAAAGGCUUCUUAACUGGAUCCAAGGCAAAUGUGGAGAUUUGCCAAUUAAUAACUUCACUACCGAUUGGAACGAUGGCCGAGCAAUUGGUGCUUUGGUUGAUGCUUGCGGACCAGGUCUGUGUCCCGACUGGGCUGAUUGGGCGCCUAAAAACAAACUGAAGAAUGCGAAGGAAGCUAUGGAAGCUGCAGAGAAAUGGUUAGAUGUGCCACAACUAAUUAAACCAGCAGAAAUGAACAACCCGAAGAUUGAUGAAAUGAGUAUGAUGACGUAUCUAUCCCAGUUCCCCAACUGCAAACUGAAUCCCCAAGCUCCCCUUAGGCCUCGUCUUAACCCCAAUCGGGUGCGUGCCUAUGGUCCUGGUAUCGAACCUACUGGUAACACGAAAGGAGCCAAGACGUCGUUUACUGUGGAGACUUUUAGUGCUGGACAAGGAACUCUUGAACCACUUGUCCUCAAUCCCAAGGGUCAGAAGGAGCCAUGUGAGGUUGUUUUCAACCAAGACAAACACCUCACGUACACUUGUACAUACACUCCUAAAGUUGAAGGGAAUUACAAGGUAAUCAUCAAAUACUCUGGCAAGGAAAUUCCUAAGAGUCCGUUUCCGGUUGCAGUUUCUGCUCCUGCUGGAGAUCCCUCAAAGGUCAAAGCAGCUGGUCCUGGUCUGGAACCAGGAAAUGUUGUGAGCGUAAUGACUCACUUUACUAUUUCUCUGAAAGAUGCUGGAGAAGGUCCAGUGGAUGUAGUCAUCACAGAUCCCUCUGGUAAUCAAAAUGCUAUCAAGCCCAAGAUCACUCGUCAGCCUGAUGGUACUUACCGUGUAGAAUAUACACCUAAAGUGCCUGGAGUCCAUACAGUUAGCAUUGUCUUUUGUGGACAACCUAUUCCACGAUCCCCUAUUUCGGUUACUAUUUCUACUGCAUCAAAUGCAAAGAAAUGUUAUGCAACUGGUCGUGGAAUCCAACCUAAAGGUAUUAGAGUGAAAGACAAUGCUGAUUUCAAGGUAUAUACUAAAGGAGCUGGUGAUGGAGAAAUGAAAGUUACUAUCACUGGACCAGGCAAUUCAAAUGAACCGGUUAGUAUUAAGAAACUUGAUCCAACGACUUACGAGUGUGUUUACACCCCAAAACAGCCUGGUACUUACACUAUCAAUGUCACUUUUGGUGGCCAACACAUCCCCAAGAGUCCAUUCAAGGUUGAAGUUGGUCCAUUCAAGUUGUCUAAGAUUAUAGCAUAUGGUCCUGGCUUGCAUGGCGGAAUGGUCGGCAAACCAGCAACAUUUGUUGUGGAAACCCAUGGUGAAACAGGAGCAUUAGGUUUUUCAAUUGAAGGUCCUUCCCAGGCCAAAAUUGACUGCAAAGAUAAUGGUGAUGGAACAGCUGAUAUCACUUAUUGGCCAACAGCCCCAGGAGAAUAUGCAGUCCACAUUCAUUGUAAUGAAGAAGAUAUUCCUAAAUCUCCAUAUAUGGCCCAGAUUCAACCAGCUACUAAAGACUUUGAUCCUCUCAAGGUGGUUGCAUUUGGGCCUGGCUUACAGGAAACUGGGGUCCAAGUUCAGCAGAUGACUGAAUUCACUGUUGAUGCCAAGAAAGCUGGGAAGGCUCAACUGGACAUUAUUUGCCAUGACGCCGAUGGUAACCCCGUUAAAGUUGAUAUCAAAGACAACAAGGAUGGCACUUACACUUGUAAAUACAAGCCUUUGAAGAAUGUCAAGCAUGUCGUGUUGAUUUCAUAUGGUGGUGUAAACAUACCUAAAAGUCCUUUCAGAGUUUUUGUCCAAUCUCCUUCCAGUGUGAAGGUUUAUGGACCAGGUGUGAAACCAGGUGUGAAAACUAACCAACCAACUCACUUCGUGGUUGACUGCAAAGAAGCUGGACCUGGUGAUGUGGCUAUUUCACUGACUGAUGAGCGUGGAAUGGAUGUGCCUGUUAAUACUGUUGACAACCAAGAUGGUACUUUCACUGUCAAUUAUGAAGCCAAGAUCCCUGGCAUGUACACCAUAAAUGUGUACUUUGCCGAUAAAGAGAUUCCAGCAUCACCUAUCAAGGUGAAAGUUGAAUCCAGUAUCGAUCUCAGCAAAGUACGCGUUGAAGGUUUGGAGAGCACUCAAGAGGUUGGCAAAGAGAAAAUGAUUGAUAUCAUUACGGUUGGUGCUGGAAAGGCUGAAGCCACUGUCCAGAUAACCAGUCCUAAAGGUGUCAAGACAAAUGUUCCUACUAAGCCAAUGGCUAAUGGACAUAGUGCACCUAUUCUCUUCAAAGAACCUGGUCCUCAUAAGGUCGAGGUCAGCUAUGGUGGAAUGCCAGCAAAGGGUUCACCAUUUAAAGUUGAUGCCGUUGUUCCGGUCGCUGCUAACAAUGUUCAUGCUUAUGGCCCUGGCUUGAAAGAAGGAACUGCAAAGAAACCAGCCACAUUUACAGUCGACAGGCGUGCUGCUCCACCGGGUGCUCUUGGAGUAUCUGUUGAAGGUCCAUCUGAGGCUAAAGUUAACUGUACUGAUAACAAAGACGGUACUGUCAAUGUUGAAUACUUACCAAAUGUGCCAGGAGACUACAAAGUGAAUGUCAUCUAUGAUAACGCUCCAAUUCCUGGAUCACCAUUUAAGGCUAAGAUUCAACCCGCAACUCUCGAUGUCGGAGGCAUCAAGGCUUAUGGACCAGGAGUUGAGAAGACCGGUGUCUUUUUGGAUGCCCCAGCCAACUUCACUGUUGACGCCACUCCUGUUACAAAGAAUGGUGAUGGUAAAGUACGUGCUGUUGUCACAAGUCCAUCUGGAGCCAAAGCUGAGCUGCCAAUUGACAACAAGAAGAAUGGUAUUUACACUGGCUCUUACAUGCCAAUUGAACAAGGUCCUUAUGCUGUUGACAUUUCUUAUGAAAACAUGCCAAUUCCUGGCAGUCCUUUCAAAACAACUGCUGUUCCUGGUUGUGAUCCUUCUAAAGUCAAAGCUUACGGCCCAGGUCUUGAACGUGGUAUCACUAAUAAACCCAAUGUGUUCACUGUGGACAGCCGUGGAGCUGGUCAUGGUAACCUUGGUCUCUCCAUUGAUGGACCUGUCGAAGCUAAGAUGACCUGCAAGGACAAUCAUGAUGGAACAUGCCAAGUUGAAUACAUGCCUCUUAAAUCUGGACCUUAUGAUAUUGGUGUGAAAUAUGGUGAUAAACAUAUUCCUGGCAGUCCAUUCCAUGUACCAGUUGAGACUCCAGUUGAUCCUAGCAAAGUGAAAUGCCAAGGUCCUGGUGUUGAUACUGCUAAAGGAGUCAAACCCAAGGAACCAACAUCCUUUACCAUUGAUACUAAAGAAGCUGGAGAUGCUCCACUUGAAGUUACUGUCACUGACAAAUUUGGUAAGAGACCAGCUGAAGUUCAUCCUAUCGAAGAAGGUGUUUUCAAGGCUAAUUACACAGUACCUGAAGAAGGUCCAUGCCAACUUGAUGUGAAAUAUGCUAACCAACAUGUGCCAAAAAGUCCAUUUAAUAUGCCUGUUAAACCAGGUUUUGAUCCAAGUAAAGUCCGUGUUUAUGGUCCUGGGGUGAAUGAUGUCCCUGCUAGUCUUCCUGUGUCAUUCUGCAUCGAUACCACUGAGGCAGGAAUUGCAGACUUAGAAGUGUCAAUUCAGAGACCAGACGGCACGUUCGUUAAACCGAUCAUCCAUGACAAUGGUGAUGGCACAUUUAAUGUUACUUACACUCCUGAAGAUCUUGGUGUCUAUACAAUCAAAAUCAAAUUUGGUGGCGUUGAGAUUCCAACCAGCCCCAUCAAGGCUUGUUCUAAACCCACAGGAGAUGCCAGCAAAUGUAAAAUUACAAAGGGUACAGAAAAAACUGUUAUGGUCAAAAAGGAAACUGUCAUUACUGUUGAUGCUUCACAGGCCGGUACCGGUAAAGUUACCUGCCGUAUCCGUGAUUCUAAUGGUCAUGAUAUUGAUAUUGACAUCAUUGAGAAUCCCGAUGAAACCUUCAGUAUUCAAUUCACACCACAGUUUCCUGGAACCUACUCCAUCAGCAUUCAAUUUGGUGGACAAAGUAUUCCAGAUGGAAAAUACCAAGUUGAAGCAGUUGACUCUGCAGACUAUGAGGUUUACCUUGAAACUAAAGAGAAGGUUCUUUGUCCCCAACCUGUGGUUGAUGAUAUUAUCAAACCAGUUAAGGUUGAUGAAGUCCAGAGUGCUCCUGCACCAUACCAUCCAUUAGAUUUCUGCAUCCCUGUUGGUCCAGUUUUCAACUUUGUCUCAGGUCACAUUAUCACUCCUUCUGGUAAGAAGGUUUAUCCCAAAAUUGAAGACAACAAGAAUGGUACCGUUGGUGUUCGUUACCAACCAACUGAAGCUGGUUUGCAUGAGCUUCACAUCCAGUACAACAAUGAACCCGUCUAUGGAAGUCCCUUCCAUUUCCACGUGGAUGCAAUUAACAGUGGCCAAGUCACUGCACAUGGACCUGGUCUUACACAUGGUGUCGUCAACGAAUCUGCUGUCUUCACCAUUGUUACUAAAGAUGCCGGCGCAGGCGGUUUGUCCUUGUCCAUUGAAGGUCCUUCUAAGGCCACUAUUAACUGUGUGGACAACAAAGACGGUACAUGUACAGUUAGCUACUUGCCUACAGCUCCUGGAGAGUAUUGUAUUACUGUCAAGUUUGCUGAUAGCAACAUCUCUGGAUCACCAUUCAAACCAAAGAUCACACCAAGUGAACCAAGGAGGAGAGCCCAAAUAUCUGUUGGUAGCAGCAGUGAAGUAUCUCUGAAGGUCACUGAAACUGACAUAACUAAUCUAACUGCAAUGAUCAAGACCCCAUCUGGCAAAGAGGAACCUUGCAUUUUGAAAAAGCUGUCCAACGGUCACUUAGGUAUUUCAUUCACACCACAUGAAGUCGGAGAGCAUCUCGUCAACGUCUACCGCAACGGACAACACAUUGCAAGCAGUCCAUUUAGGAUUUAUGUUGGUGAAGGAGAGUUGGGAAAUGCUGGAAAGGUGAAGGUGACUGGCCGUGGAAUUGUUGAAGGAAUGGCAAAUCAAGUCAAUGAAUUUACUGUCAAUACCAAAGAAGCUGGCUAUGGUGGACUUAGCUUGUCCAUUGAAGGUCCCAGCAAGGCAGAUAUUGAGUGUAAAGACAACGAUGAUGGUACAUGUGGUGUUACUUACAAACCCACAGAACCUGGUACCUACAUCAUUAACAUCAAAUUUGCUGAUGUCCAUGUUCCAGGUAAUUAUCCAGUUGCUGAAACCCACAAAGAAACAAAAUCUUUCAAAAUGCGUACCGUACCAAUUACUCUUGUAAAGUCUUAUUCGUCUCCUGUCAAAGUUGUUACAGAUUAUAUACCCUAUGUAAAAUGGGAUUCACACAAUAUUAUUACCAUUACUAACAAUCAGGAUGUAAAGAAAUCAGUUGGCACAAGUCCUUUCGAUAUGACUGCUUCUGUAACCAGCCCAUCAGGUGUAACUGAAGUUUGCGAUGUAAUUAGCUUAAAUGACUGUCACUAUAGUAUCAAAUUCGUUCCCAAAGAAAUGGGAGUCCAUACAGUUAGUGUAAAGCACAAAGACAUGCAUAUUCCAGGCAGCCCCUUUGAAUUCACAGUUGGGCCUAUUACUGGAGGCGGAGCCCACAAAGUGCAUGCAGCUGGUCCUGGCUUAGAGAAAGGAGAAGUACACUCACCUUGUGAAUUCAACAUUUAUACUCGGGAAGCUGGUGCUGGUGGUUUGUCUAUUGCUGUUGAGGGGCCAUCUAAAGCUGAAAUAGAUUUUGAAGAUAGAAAAGAUGGUUCUUGUGGUGUGAACUAUGUAUGCACUGAGCCUGGAGAGUACCUGGUAUCUGUUAAAUUUAACGAUGAACACAUCCCAGAGUCACCUUUCAGAGUGGCCAUUUCGCCAAGUGUUGGAGAUGCUCAAAAACUCUCAGUUCAUUCUCUUCAAGAGAAAGGAUUGCAGGUAAACAAGCCUGCCGUCUUCAAAGUGUCUUUCAAUGGUGCUCAUGGCAAACUGCUUGCAAAGGUUGUUUCACCCUCUGGAGUAGAGGAUGAUGCUUUAGUCAAUGAAAUUAAUGAAGCCCAGAAAACACUACCUUCCAGAGUAGGUGAAUAUGCUGUCAGUUUCAUCCCUAAAGAAAAUGGAACUCACCUUGUCCAUGUUACUUUCGAUGGUUGUCACAUCCCAGGCAGUCCUUUCAGAGUACUUGUUGGCAAAGUUGAUGCUGAUCCAGGAAGGGUCACUGCUUACGGAGAAGGCUUAUAUCAAGGACGUACACGUCAAGUAGCCAAAUUCAUAAUUAGCACAGUUAAUGCCGGCUCUGGUGCAUUAGCCGUUACUGUUGAAGGCCCAUCUAAGGUGAAAUUAGACUGCCGAGAAGUUGAAGAAGGAUAUGAAUUCAGCUACACACCAACAGCACCCGGAGACUAUCUUAUUAAUAUCCGUUAUGGUGGAGUUGGUAUUGCUGGUUCUCCAUUCAAAGCAAAGAUUACAGGUGAUGGCCAUGCUUCUGGAUUCCAUGAGCAAGCUUCAGUUGUUGUAGAGACUGUCACUAAAACCAGCACAACUACUCGCUUCAGUGGUGUACAGCAAUACCAAUCUGAUCCCAGUAAAGUUGUUGCUCGUGGUAAUGGAUUAAACUCUGCAGUUCGUGGCAAGGCUAACACUUUCACCAUUGAUACUACCAAUGCUGGUGUCAAUAUAAUGUUCGUUGGUAUGCGAGGACCCAAAGGACCUUGUGAGGAAUUAGUGGUGAAGCAUCUUGGAAAUAACCAGUACAAUGUGUCUUAUCUCGUGCAGGAAGUCGGAGAAUAUAUGCUGAUGGUGAAAUGGGGCGAUGAUCACAUCCCUGGCAGUCCAUUCUGUGUAAAAGUUCAGUGAAUCAAUCUUACCUCCCAUCCUCUUAUUUUUCCCAAUUUUGUUAAAUGACCCCCACCCUCGCCACUUCCUUUUCAUGACUUCCCCUGUCAACUUCCGAGAGUAACCUUUGUAACUUUUUUUUGAGUGCACGCGGAGUGAACCAUGACACACCAACAUCACUGUCGGAUUAUAUCUGAAUCUCAAGAAACCAGUUUCAGCCAAUGAUGCUACCCAUCGAUUCGAUUAUAUUUUGAAGCUUCCUCAUCCAACAGAUGAAAACAAAAUAAUUUGUUACAAAAUAUAUUCAAUUUGCUAUAUUUUUUCUUCUUUUUUUUUUGAAAAUGGUGCUUUUUUUUUUUAUAAAUAUAUAAUACUUCUGUUGAUUUCCUCGCAGUUUCGCUUGUCCACAUUGACAAAUUAUAUUUAUUGGAUUAAGCUUUCCUUACAAGCAAUUACUGUUACUGAGCUUUAUAUUCUAGUCUUAAAAUUGAAACUUUUUUGCAAAUUUUUUUUUUAUAUAUAUUCUAUAAUGCUGAAGAAAUAUUGAGAUUAAUAAAAGGAAAUUUAUAAUUUUUUUUUCUUACAUGUAUUGGAAACAAAGAAAAUCAAA